AUGCGGUUACGAUCGGGAAAGCGGAAGAGGUCUCCCUCCUUACCAAAGUCGUCGAAGACUCCUGCGAAUGAACGUCAGAUUUUGAUUUCGGAUGAGAGCGAUGAGGACAUGGUUAUACAGCCUCGCCGAAGGUUAAGACGUGGCGCCGCCGACCCAAGGCCCAUUGUCGUCGAAGAAGGCUCUGAGGACUCCGAUGAGCCUAUCCGCUCUUCGCCAAUCAAGAGGCGCAAGCGAAAUACAAACUCAGAUCCCCCCAAAACUCCGCGGCGAAACCCAGACCAGGAGAGGUUAGAUCUCGAAGAGGAUCUAGAGGUCUUGCAGGACUCUGUCGUAAAGGAUACGCGGACCCGAGGACGUCUAGCCAAUUCGGCAAGAGCUCAACGCCAACGUCAUCUGGAAGCCCUAAGACGCCGAAGGGCUGGUGGGAAAGAGGAGGACGAAGCGGCGCCAGAACAAGACUCGGACGCUGAGCACUCGGAUGAAGCAGACCCUGAUGACGAGCCCGACAGUGAAGCCAGAAGCCAAGUUCAUCAGCCGCUGUUUCGCCGCCAGGAAGAGAGCGACGUCGAGUCAUCUGUUGCAGAGGACGAGGACCUCGACCAAUACGAGGACGAUUUCGUAUUAGAGGACGAUAAUGCCGAACUGGGAGUGCCAUCCAGCCUAGAAGAUUUACCGUUUGAGUUUUCUCGGCAUGCCUACAAACAGCUCAAAGAAUACUUCCAAGACGCUGUUGAAUGGAUGGUAAAUAACAAGAUCAACCCUGCCUUCCCUCGUUCCGACCCGCUCUACGAAGUUGCGUUCAUGAAACUUGAAGAUGAGGUCAAAGGACGCACUGGUUCUCAGCUGGUAUCUUCCGUCUGGAACGUCAAAUUCCGCCGAGCACUCCUGGCAAGACCUCAUGUCAAAAUCACUCUAUACCCGAUCACAGACAAUCAUCCUUGUGACGCGUGCAACAGGUCUAAGCAUCCUGCUUCGUUUGAUAUGAAGCUAUAUGGCAAGGCUUAUUCCUUGGAGACACUCGAACCAUUGUCAGAUGACGAUAGCGACGAGGACGAUGAGGAAGAUGGCCCUGAAAGGGACAGAGACGGUUACAGCUUACCAGAUGAGGACACGCGGUUCUACCUUGGACGCCAUUGCAAAAACAAAGCCUCGCUCGCCCAUACUCUCACCCACUGGCGAUUUCACCUCAAUGAAUGGGUUGUCGACUACCUCGAACGCAUGGGUUACUUAGAGGACGACAAGGUUCUUGAGCGCAGCCAUUGGAGCCAUAAACAAAGGGCCAGGUAUGCUUCAGAGGUGAUGGGCUCAAUGGUCGACGGUGGUGAGGUCAAGAAGCUCUGGCGUGACUUCCAUAUUACCCUGAAAUCGGCGAGAGAGACAACCGUAUGUUGA